AAGGUGUGCAUUUUGCAUUCUCCUAGCGCGCGUACUAGCAGAGACCGCUUGCAGCGUGGGAUCGAGUGAUGCGUGCGGAGUCUUGUUUGGUGCUGCUGGCCUGCAUUUGCUUGUUGGGGCGUGCCUCUUCCGCAGCCGCGCCUGCCGCCGACGCUUGUGUCGCCGAUUCCGCCCGUGGUUGUGCCACCAGCGAGCUUCCAGCUUCAUCGCCGGCCAGUGCCCACCCCUACGCCACCAUGGCUCUCUUGCGCAAAGUUCCCGCCGACUCGCUCUUCGUCUCCGAGCCCGACCCCAGCUGGUUUGGCAACGGGCCCAACCCCUCCAGCAACCCUCACUGGACCAACAAAAACUGGCUCAAGUCGCGGUUUCACUUUUCUUUCGCCGAGUAUCAUGACCGUGCGCGAAGCCAAUUUGGUGUCCUUCGUGUCAUGAAUGACGAUUUGGUCCAGCCCGUCCGUGGGUUUGGCACCCACCCGCAUGCCAACAUGGAAAUCUGCACCUACAUUGUGAGCGGAGAUCUGACGCACCAGGACUCGAUGGGCACGCGCGAAACUCUGGGUCCGCGUGGCAUUCAGUUUAUGACAGCCGGCACGGGCGUGCGCCACAGCGAGUUUAACACCGAUGACACUCAUCCACUUCGCUUCAUUCAAAUGUGGAUGGUACCGCGCUCGCGCAACUUGGAGCCCAACUACGGUUCCAUGGUCGGCGAUCGGGAGCGUCAGCACAACAAGUGGGCUCAUUUGGUGGCUGACGUCAAGAAUACAUCGGCAGACACGCCCGUCAAGAUCAACCAAGACGCCAACAUUUGGGUCACCGAGCUGGAUGAAGGCAAGGAGAGCACCUUUGAGCUGCGUGAGGGUCGCCAAGCCUACAUUCUUUGCCUCGAGGGUGCGACAACCCUCACGGCAGCUUCAGCAGCCUCUGGCACCAGCGCCCAGGAAAAGCUGGUGGCCCAUGAUGCCACCCAAGCCUUUGGCGCCGCUACCCUGACAUUUGCAGCGACUGGCAGCGAAGGUGUGCAUGUGCUCAUGGUGGAGAUGGCGGCGGCUCCGCUCUGA